ACUAGCAUGCACACGGACACAGUGUCGUAUGUUGGAAGGCAAGGAAUGCACGAAAAUGUCGGCAGCUGGCCUCAUCCAAUCUGGGCCAGGAUGGUCAGGACCUUGAAGGGAACGCGCACACGCCGAGACAAAAACAGUCAUGGCAGGCAUCGCUCUUGUGUGUGUGCGUGCUUACGUCUUCCAGCGCCGUUUUCUCUGCUUGUCGUUGCUGCUUUCGUGUGUCAUAGUUGGAGAGAAUGAAGUCACAAUUCGGGCGGAUGCUCGUGCUGUACUUGUCCAACGCCGACACAUCCUGCAAGCAUGAUACAUGACACAUGGCACACACAGAUAGACAGCCAUGGGGCCGACAAUAAAUGCCCUCUGUCGAUCGACCCACAAUGUAGCUAUAUGUGCACCAACCAACCCCGCCUCCCACUUACCUCCUUUGUCUUGUGCAGUUCCUGUUGCUUUGCCAUUUUGUUUUCCUCACACUGUGCGAUCUCCUGGUCCUUGGCCGCUAUCGCCUCGACAGCCAACUGCUCGGCCUCCUUGAGCUAUACGCAUAGAAGGCAGGACAGGCAGGACACAACACGACACGUAUAUGUGCUGGGAUGCUAUAAGUGAUCGACCUGUUUGAUCAUGGCUUCAUAUGCCGUCCUGGCGGCUUCCUCCUCGCUCUCGGCCGAUUUGAGGCUCGAUUCGGCCUGAGUUAAGUGAAGCAACAGGCAGACGAAUGGGCGAGAGAUGUAGAGACCCACAGCAACAGCCAAUAUCACCGACUUCAUCGUACAGAAACUGAAGUGUGGAGAUGACAGUUUGGGCGUCCGACUCGCCUCCUGCAAGCCGAGAGGCAGACAGUGUGGCGUCGGUCUCAUCCACCGAAUCCUCCCGGGUCAAGUCUUUCUUACUGUAUGUGGCAUCGAGUGCGUCAGGUGGUGUGUCAGGUGGCUGCUCGACCCCAUCGAUGGGCUGACCCAUCGCCACACGCUGCUCACGCCGCUGCAGCAACAGCUCACUCUGUUGCUCUGGAGGAAGACAAAGGUACAAGGGUUUGAUUGGAUGGUCAUGUCAUGGAUCCUUCCAUUUAUCUAUCCGUCGAUUUAUGGUACGUUCUUGUGUCUAUAGUGUGUCGUAGAAUGCCUUUAGAGUCUUGACGGCUUCUUGUAGCAGCUCCAUUGUCUUCUGGUAAUCUGUACGUACAAUGGAUGGAUGGAUGGAUGGAUGGAUGGAUGGAGACCUGGUUGAUGAUGUGUGUGUGUGUUUGUACCCAUCACCCCACCCGCGUGCCUGUCGUACCUUUGACAUCUUGCUGGUACUGCUCAUACAUGGCCUUGCGAGUAGCCUCGGCCGACACUUGCGCCUCUCGGUUGCUGUCGAGGGCGGCCACUGCAGCCGACCUCUCGCCCUCCUUCUGCACAUACAUACAUACAGAUAGGUACGUACGCAUCAUAAGUAGGGAAGACACCAGUGGAUCGGAUCAUCCCUCAUACCGUCCCGAUGUCUCCCUCUAUUUGGUCUAUUUGUGCUUCCAGCAGUGCCAUUUGUGUCGUCAGAUCGGCACGGGUGGAGUUGUUCUGGAGAGGGUGAGGGCAAAGGUAGAUAUGUGCGUAUUCUUAAUGUCUGUCGGUGUCCGUUCGGCUGACCGGGCUGUAUUCUGUCUCGCACCAGCUCUUGGCAUGGUCGUCCUGGCAGCGCAAGGCAGGCACAGACAGACGAAGGCACUGGUCUUCGUGCGUGUCUGCCUGCCUGCCUGCCUGCCUUCUACCUUUCCUUGAUCUUUGUCGAGCACUGUUUGCAUCUUCGUUAUCAUCUUUUUCACUUUGUCCAGCGGGCCGCCAGCCGCCAAUGCACUCGCCAGCUGGGAGAAGGCACGCCAUCCAGAUCUUGAGAGGAGGGCGGCAAGCUGAUAUAUGGACAGGCGAGAGCAUACAGUAUGCACGCGCCAAAUGGUGUCCUGAUUAGAGCCUGCGCGACUGACCUCGUUUCUGGUUUUGUCUUCUGUGUGUGCCCAGGUGUCGAGUAGAGAAAGGGUGCGGCUGGACUGGUGGGGGCUGGACUGGUGGGCGCGGGUGAGUGUUCUAAUGAGCCUGUGGGCAUUGUUGCGCUGGAUGAGCAUCAUGUCGCCGCCCCCCAUCGACCUGUUUGUGCAUAGUGAGUGGCAAAGGAGCAGGCAUUUGGCGCAUUUGUCUGUCAUGUGUGUGCGUGUGUGUACUUGGAGAAUGCCUGGUAUGCCUCGUCGCUGCUGAGUAUAGAGACGGCUUUGCUGAUAGCCGCCUCCUCGUUGGCGCGCUUCAUCUGCACACUCAUACAUUGCAUAGAUGCAUACACACACAUGAGCGGUCCGGUGUGCCAUUGUGUCUCUUGUGCCCACGGUCGUUUCGGCAAACACGUUGGCCUGGGAGUUGCAUUGGUCCUUCAAGGUGGCCAAAGUUGACUCAUCUGCACCACCACCAGCCAGCAGUUGGAUGGCUCUCUCGUACACAUAAUGCAGAAGGAUGGAUGGAUGCAUUCACACCUGUUUCAAGGGCCUGUGUGAGGCCAUCAAGCUCCCCCUGACUGUCAGAAGACUCCCCCAAACUGACACACGCUCACACGCACACACACACACACACACACACAUAUACACAGGAGAGAGAGAGAGAGAGAGCCUCUGCGUCAAGACUGAGGGUUGCCCACUGGUUGAUGUACCCACCGUGUGGCCAUGUCGGCUUUCUUGGAGGCCAGAAUCGCGCUCAUCUCGUGAUGGGCCUUCUGAAAGAAUGCUCAUACAGACACGGGGCGGUCAUCACAUCACAUCGCACCCACCCACCCACCCACCCACCCACCCAGCCGGGCAUCUAUCACGCACCUGUUUGAGUCUCAUGAAUGAGUUGUGUGCCGUCUGUGCCUUGUUCUCCCUCUCGGUGGCGGCAGAAAGGUCUUGCACGAAUGUGUCGUUCAUGUUAGACAAGAUGCCGAUGAUCUGUCCAGACUGCGGAUUGUAUGUCUGCAGGUGGGGGGCCACAGAUGCGCCAGACGACACAAAUGACAGCACCACCUGCACAGCGGACAGAGACAAAGAAAAAGGCAGAUUCGGGGGGAGAGCAUUCAACGCAUGUCGGUACAGUACAUGCCUGUUUCUGUGCAUCGUCCAGGAGCUCGCUGACGGCUCGCAGUGCCCCUUUGGCUGCAUCCGUGAGGCCUCUCCUGGCCAAUGAUUGCGACCUCAGAAGGAAUGCGGGCGGCUCCUCGUCCAUGUUCGUCAAGGUCGCAAUUGCCUGCGCCAGGCUGCUGAUGUAGGCCUCCGUGUCUGCAGACGACGAAACACAGGCAAUACAAAUGAAUGGAUGGAUGGAUGGAUGAAUGGAUGGGUGCAGAGAUGGAUGCAGUGCAGGCAGCCGGGUGUCUGUGUGUGCGUACCGUUUUUGAAGGCCAUGUAUUCCUCAUACUCCUUGUUUCUCAUGGUUGCAGCGGCGUUGCGCGCCUCUACAUUGCCUUGUAUUUGUUUGGUGAGAUCAGCGAUCUCCGUCGACAGUGUGCCGACGUCGGCCUUGGCCGCACCCACAGAUGCAGACAGCACCGGGAUGGUGUCUCUGACGGACGGCACCACCACCAAUAGAUAGGGCAACAUAGAUUGAAGUGUAUGGGACUUUCUUUCAGCAAAGCCCAUUCUCACUUUGCGUGUUUAAUGUGUGUUUCCUUCUGCUCGAUCUCUUUGUGGCAGAAACACUUGAACUUCUGAUAGGUCGCCUCCUCAUCCUUGCCUGAAGUGACAUUCGUUUCAACCAAAUCAACCAAAGAGCAUCCCGAUGGGGAAAACCGCCUCCUUCGAUCUAUGUACCUUUUUGCCUUGACGACUGCAGCAUGCCCUCAAGAAGGGAGAUGACGUCAGCCAUGCCUCGCGCCUUCUGAUGCCCAUGCGCAUGGGAGCCGCUGACGGCCGCCACCAAUGGCAGCAGCAACAAAGGCACCGACAGGAGGCUUCUCAUCCUGCCGACCUGCUGAUACACAGGCCCUGGACAAGAAAACGCCGCAGAUCUUCA